AUGAACAUCCUUUUAUUGAUUCUGCUUCAUUUUAUGAUAGAUGUUGUCAAUUCGGAGAAGUGCCCGUCGAACGCGUUUUGUGAGGCGAAAUGGCCGGACGCGGAAUGUGUGCGUGGAAGAUGUCGAUGUCCCAUCAACACGUUGCGCAAAAAGAGUAAAUCCCGAGAGUUUGUGUGUCUCGCAACGAAUGAAGCUUUGGGCAACGCUGGACCACCGUUGACAUGCCCGACACCACAAGGCGCCGGUCAUCAAGUGAUUUUGCGGGAAAACGGCGAAAUUGUGAAGUGCUCUUCGAAGAAGAAGCCUGACACGUGUCCGGAAGGCUAUGAGUGCAUUCAAGGAUUAUCCAUAUUAGGUGCUUUGGAUGGAGUCUGCUGUCCUGAUCAAGCAAAGACGUGCAGCCAUCCGAUUUUCGAUCACGAUGACGAUGACGGCUAUUUGGAGCGAUGGGGAUUCAACGGACAGGAAUGCGUCGCGUUCAAAUGGAAUCCUGAGCGGCCGUCGUCGGCCAACAAUUUCAAAACUCGCCAACAUUGUGAAGAUUACUGUAUAAACAACGUGUCUUCCUAUGCGAACGCCAAUUUCAAGAGUUAA